CUGGCCUGAGAUGGGAGCGCGCACAGCGGCACUUUCACGGCCGAAGAAACGGGAUAAAUCUGGAAGGGAACUGAUAAAAAAAAUACCACAUAGGUGCUGUGGAAAAAUGGGAUAACGAAACGAGCAAUAUAAUUAAUACCGGAUCCACCGCUUGAUCCCUUCCCCUAUUAAACAGAUGUUGUCGUGGCUUGCAUUUUGCGCUUUUUAUCCAUUCUCCUUCAGCGCUGAUGGUACAAAGGCGCUUGGUCAGGACCAGCAGCAGCACCUGGGAUUACAGCCAUAUGAAUGGGCAAGAGUGAAUGAACCGCGCACAAACCUGGGAUGGUAAACACAGACAGCGAGUGAGUAAACCAAGCAGGAUUAAAACACUUUCUUUCUUUUUUUUUUCUCCGUGGGAAACAGACCACCAGUGUCACCCUGCGAAGACAUACUGUCAUUGUUUCGACGCUGAUUUAGGGGGAGAAAAAACGAUUCAAAAGUGGCCUUUUCUGGAAUAAUGCACAAGAAUUAUGAACUCGAUUACAGAUUUUUAUUCAUCUCUAUAUCUCGCACAUUCCCUAGUUUUUCUGUAACUGAACAGCCGGUUUCUCUUGUUCAGAAUGGGAUGUAUUGUUGCGACUGCGCAACCUAAGACAAGUGUGUGCAAUUAGACUGUGUGCUUGUGAACGGGUUACCUUUAACCAUUGUCACUGCUACUGGAAGUGGCCAUUGUUGUCGAUAAGGAAUCUGUGGUGAUCGGAAUAAAAACAAAGGAGGGUAAAACAGUGCACACUUGACAUCACCCCCCGCCCUCUGUUUGUGAACCAGAGCUGGUCACAACCCCCCCCCACCCUAAAAAUCUCCACAUAAUAUGGUGGAGCCGGUGGGAUUCAUUGAGGCGUGGAAGGCGCAGUUCCCAGAGUCAGAGCCCCCCAAGAUGGAGCUGCGGUCUGUCGGGGGCAUCGAGCAGGAGCUGGAAAAGUGCAAAGCAUCCAUUAGACGCCUGGAGCAGGAGGUGAACAAGGAGCGCUUCCGCAUGAUCUACCUCCAGACCCUCCUGGCCAAAGAGAGAAAGAGCUAUGACAAACAGCGGUGGGGCUUCAGAAAGACACCUUUGAAUGAGGGGAUGGACCCUGCAGCCACACAGGGUGCUGAAAUCCAAUCCCAGCAGCCACACAUGCAGGAGACUGGUGUAGUUGGCAUAGGAGGAGGUGGUGGAGGAUAUGGUGGUGGUGGUAGUGGGGAUAGGAGCCGUUUUCAGCCUCUAGGAGAUGGAUCUGGCAGGUCCAAACCCAGACCUCCACCUGCCAGGAAGUCAGCCUCCCACGGUGAUGGCCUGGAGUCAGCCUUUGAUGUACCUCAGCAAGCAGAGUCAACUUCCUGCGAUAACCUCGAUGGCCUGUCGCCAUCAAAGCAGAGAGGUGGUGUUACUGUGUCACCCCGCAGGCCCACCCUUCCACCCCCUGACAAGGACCUUCCCACUGACCCCAAGGACAAGCUUGGAAUGGGACUUGGUGUGGCAGCUCUUAGAUCCAACUUUGAGAGGAUCAAACGGGCGAACUCGCACUCAGCAGGUGAUGUAGCUAAGGGCCAGGAGAAGCAGCCGCUGCCACCACCACCGCUAUAUACCAACAUGGAGUUCCACCAUGACAGGGGUUUAGUCAGGGUCAAUGACCGUGACGUCUCUGACAAGAUCAGCUCACUAGGCAGCCAGGCCAUGCAGAUGGAGCGAAAGAGAUCUCUUCACUCCCUUCCAGGUAAUCUGGCUACGGUGGCAGGGGAGCUCCGUGCCAGGCCAGUCUAUCGAGGAAGGUCCACUGAAAGCACCUGUGGUUAUGAUGCAGAGUAUGAAGAUGGGGAACCCAAUCAACGGCAUUCAGGAAGGGCCAAUGGGGGAAAACCACCUCCCCCUCCUUGGCAGCCCUCUGAGUUCCAAGCCUACUCCAGCGUCUAUGUUGGUGGGGUGAUGAUGGGUGAAGGUGGCAGUGGAGAUGGACGAGGGGGUGGUGGAAGUAGCAGCAGUGGAGUCACAAUGAGAGAACAUGGUGGAUGUGAUGAUCACCUUCUGACCUGGCCUCGUCGCUCCUAUUCCCCAGGUAGCUUUGAGGAUGUAGGUGGAGGUGGCGGUUAUACACCGGACUGCAGCUCCAACGAGAACCUGACAUCCAGUGAGGAGGACUUCUCCUCAGGUCAGUCCAGCCACGUCUCCCCCAGCCCUACCACUGCUUUCCGCCGUCCCUUUAGAGAGAAGAGCCGUUCACCCUCUCAGAACUCCCAGAACUCUCAGCACUCCUUCGACAGCAGCAGCCCUCCAACGCCGCAGUCCCAGAAGCGUCACCACCGGCAGCAGGGAGGCCAUGUGGUCAUGUCUGAGGCUACUAUUGUGAGUGUUCGCAAGACUGGUCAAAUCUGGCCACCUGCUGCCCAUCAUGACCUCAUGCCUCACUGUAGAACAUCCCAUGACAACAGUUUCCAUGGAGAUCACAUAGAUGGUCACUUCACCGGGACCCCUCCCACAUACGGUUACGACGCAGACCGAGCAGAGGAGCAGCGAAGGCACCACGACAUCCUGCCGUACAUCGAUGACUCGCCGUCGUCAUCUCCUCACCUCAGCUCCAAGAGCCGUAGCAGCCGGGACACUCUGUCCUCCGGAUCGCUGGAGUCCUCCAAAUCGACCGAGUGUGACCUAGAAAAAGGUUUGGAGAUGAGGAAGUGGGUCCUGUCUGGGAUCUUGGCCACUGAGGAAACGUAUCUCAGUCAUCUGGAGGCACUGCUUCUGCCCAUGAAGCCUCUGAAGGCUGCUGCUACAACAUCCCAACCAGUGCUUACCGUGGCCCAGAUAGAAACCAUCUUCUUCAAAGUGCCUGAGCUCUACGAGAUCCACAAAGAGUUCUACGAUGGACUUUUGCCUCGUGUCCAGCAGUGGAGCCACCAUCAGAGAGUCGGGGACCUCUUCCAGAAACUAGCCAGCCAGUUAGGGGUUUACCGGGCAUUUGUGGACAACUAUGAGCUGGCUGUGGAGACGGCGGAGAAGUGCUGCCAGGCGAACACGCAGUUUGCUGAAAUUUCUGAGAACCUGAAGGUGAGGAGCCCCAAGGACUGUAAGGAGACAGGCAAGAACUCACUAGAAGCUUUGCUUUAUAAACCAGUGGACAGAGUGACGCGCAGCACUUUGGUACUUCAUGACUUGCUCAAACACACACCCAUCAGCCACCCGGACCACCCCCUUCUGCAGGACGCCUUGCGGAUCUCCCAGAACUUUCUGUCUAGCAUCAAUGAGGAGACGACGUCCCGUCGCCAGACUUUCAAGAAAGGAGAGAACCGCCAGCUGCUGAAGGACAGUUUCAUGGUGGAGCUGGUGGAGGGAGCCAGGAAGCUUCGGCACGUCUUCCUCUUCACCGAUCUGCUGCUCUGCGCCAAGCUGAAGAAACAGAUUGGAGGUAAAAACCAGCAGUACGACUGUAAGUGGUACAUCCCCCUGAGCGAAAUGACCUUCCAGGGCCCCGAGGAGGCUGAGCCACUUACCAUCCCUCAAGUCCCCGAUGAAGAGCUGGACGCCAUGAAGGUCAAGAUCUCACACCUCCGCAGCGAGAUUCAGAGAGAGAAGAGAGCAAACAAGGGUUCAAAGGUCAUUGAUCGCCUCCGGAAGAAGCUGUCUGAACAGGAGUCUUUGCUCCUGUUAACAUCCCCAAGCAUACCCCUCAGAUUCUACAACAAGAAUGGAAAGAGCUACAGUUUCCUGAUUUCAUCCGACUAUGAACGUGCAGAGUGGAAGGAGAUAAUCAAGGAGCAGCAGAAGAAGUGUUUUAAAACAGUUUCCCUGACGUCCAUGGAGCUGCAGAUGUUGACCAGCUCUUGUAUAAAACUACAAACUGUCCACCACAUUCCACUUAGUAUUAACAAAGAAGAGGAUGAAUCCUCCGGUCUCUACGGGUUCCUGAAUGUAAUCAUCCACUCUGCCUCCGGCCUCAAACAGAGCUUAAAUCUCUACUGCACAUUGGAGGUGGACUCCUUUGGGUUCUUUUCAAAUAAAGCCAAGACGAGAGUGUAUCGAUACACCAGUGAACCCAAAUGGAAUGAGGAGUUUGAAAUCGAGCUGGAGGGCUCUCAGACCCUGAGGCUGCUCUGCUACGAAAAGAGCUACAACAAGACCAAGCAGAACAAAGAGGAUGGAGACGGUACAGACCGCAUCAUGGGGAAAGGACAGAUCCCGCUUGAUCCUCAGACUCUCCAAGGCAAAGACUGGCAGAGAACAGUUAUUCCCAUGAAUGGGAUUGAGAUUAAACUGUCCAUGAAGUUCACCAGCAGAGAGUUUAGCCUGAAGAGGAUGCCCUCGGAGAAACCCUUGGGUGUGUUUGGAGUUAAGAUCUCCACAGUGACCAAACGAGAGCGCUCCAAGGUGCCCUACAUUGUCCGGCAGUGCCUAGAGGAGAUUGAAAGGAGGGGCAUGGAGGAGGUGGGCAUCUACAGAGUGUCAGGAGUGGCCACCGACAUUCAGGCCUUGAAGACUGCCUUUGACACCAAUAACAAAGAUGUGUCAGUGAUGAUGAGUGAGAUGGAUGUCAAUGCCAUCGCUGGGACCUUGAAGCUGUACUUCAGAGAGCUGCCGGAACCGCUCUUUACUGAUGAGCUCUAUCCCAAUUUUGCAGGCGGCAUCACCCUGUCUGAUAGUGUUGCCAAAGAGAGCUGCAUGCUGAACUUGCUGCUGUCACUGCCCGAACCCAACUUGGUCACAUUCCUUUUCCUUUUGGAUCACUUAAAGAGGGUGGCAGAGAAGGAGAGUAUCAACAAGAUGUCUCUCCAUAAUUUGGCAACGGUGUUCGGGCCGACCUUACUAAGGCCCGCUGAGAAGGACAGCAAGAUCCCCGCUAACCCAACACAGCCUAUCAGCAUGGGGGACAGCUGGUCCCUGGAAGUGAUGGCACAGGUCCAGGUGUUGCUGUAUUUCCUCCAGCUGGAGACGAUUCCCACCCCAGACAGUAAACGACAGAGCAUCCUGUUCUCCACUGAAGUAUAGAGCUAACGCUGACUCUGACCACCGCUGCGUGAACAAAGAGACGGACACUGGCUCAGAGCGAGCCUCCUGUCGUGUGUUUUUUAUUUGACUGACUGCACUCCGCUCAGCUUUUGCAGCUGGGAAGGAUUUGUCUCCGGUGAUGCCUGUUGUGCUUGAACACAAGAGGGCGCCACUGGGCCUCUUAAGUACAGAGUAUGUGAGGUCUUUGCCAUUCCUAUCUGUCAUUACCUGAUAAUUAGUAUGAUUCCAUGUACCUCCAGUGUAAUGCAUCCACCACCUGGUUUUUGUUGGUCUCAGCGGUGAACCUUUGCAGCUUUUACACAGUUGUGGUUCAUAAUUCGAGAAGUUCGAAUGAACAAAAUCGCACAGAACGAGUCAGGAUUGUUGAUUUUUCUGGAAUUGGUUCGCCAACAAAUCAGAAUCUCCACGAACUUUUGGGCAUUGUUCUCUGUACGUCUUUAUUUUAACCAAUCGCAGGAAAAAAUGUUGCAAAAUGUGUUUCUCCAUCUCAAACGUUGCUUCAUGUCCAGUUGAGGAAAAUCCUAAGUAUGUCUCACAUAAUCUCAGCGCAUUCUUUCAAACAAGUGCAGACAUUUGAUGGAACUGAAAGUCAGCGUGUGGCUGUCGCCGUCGUGCUGGCUUUUUCUUUUUUUCUGUAUCACAGGAAGCCAACACCUGUAUGUUAAAGUGUUUACAACGUAAACAAACCCGGUUGGAGUGAAACGCUACGGCUUGGUGAAGUGAACCCAGUGAUUUGUAAUACACUGCAGUCUGACUGCCUGCCGUUUGUCCGACCACAAAAGCAAGUUUCCUCUAUUUGUGUUGUGUCUCAAAGUAACCUUCAGCUUAAAUGCACAGGAAGCAAUAUAUUUUCUAACAUAGGAGUUGUCUGUGUUCAUAUCUUUGCUGACGAAAUGUCCUUCGCAUUGUAACAUAGGACGUCUUGCCAAAUCAAUAUGUUUUUUUGGGGGGGUUUUUGUUAGGAAAAAGGAAGCGGUUGUAUUUACAGAUAAAGUACAUGUACAUAAUCUUAAAGUUGUAUUUUUCUUUUUGGUUAACAGUAUAAUCAUUGUUGCUGUUACUGUAAUUUAUUUUGGGGUCGUCGGGGAGAAAUUGGUUUGUUUGUUUUUUUCUAUGUGAACUUAGGUUUCUGUUUAAGAAAGUAGUAGGUUUUAGCCUUGACUUCAAGUCUUGCAGUAAUUAAGCAAGAUUUAGCCUUGUUCUAAUAGAAACUGCUCAGCUGUUCUAUCAGUUCUUCAUUUCGAUAUUGUUAUUAUUAUUAAUAUUAUGAAGGUAACACACACUUUGUAGUUCAUACUGUAUGUUGCUGUGGAAAAGACUGAAGUUCUAUGACUGCAAGCUGGUCCUUAUCAGCACAUCUCCCAUCCAGAGAUUGCCUGUCUAGUGUAGACAUUAUGCAAUGUCAUGAUACAUCUCAUACACACAUGGCGUUGUCUCCUUUUGUAACCAUUUAAUCUGUGGCUGCAGAAGUGCACUAAUGCAAUGUUAGAACUACUGUAUUACCAUUGAAGUGACCUGAGCACUCUGCGUUUAUGUCCAGCCAACAGCGCAUCUUUUGUCUUAAAUGAAGGAAUAUUAAUUUGCUUGCGCACACAUGGCAAAAUGUCCUCCUAAUUAUUUGUCCGCAACUCACUGGCCAAGUUAGAGACAAGCUCUUAAAAUUUUUUUUUUUUUUUUUGCAGUAUGAUUGAUUUAACAUGCAGGCAUGUUUUGUUCAUUUUAUUUCUGUGCGCUCCUGCUAUUGCUGUGUUGUAUCCAUGAUGUGGGAUGUAGUUCAUGGGGAUCUUUAUCCUUUCUUUGUUCUUUUUUUUUUCUAAAGAUUUUUAUAUCACUACUGCUUAUACUGCUUACUUUUUAUAGCCAAUUCAAGGCUAGUUAUCAUGACUGGCUGUAAAACCAAUGAAUGAGUUAAAUGGAUCUGAUAAGGGUUUACGUGUGCUUGUGGCCACGAUGAAGAUGGAGUGGAAAAGCACACAUGAGUAAAUUAUGAUGGAAAACACAGUUCUUGCAUUCGGAUACAGGUGAACCCUCUAAACGUCGCAUUUGCUCUCGCUUUGCCCUUGCAGCAUCUCAAAGAUAUUUUUCUUGCCUGUACUCGUGUAGGUUGUGAGAGGCCGAAUGCACCACCACCAGUCAUUUAUUCAUUAUUACACUUGUUACCUUUAUAGCAAGUCCUAAUUGCCUGCUCUACUCUACCCUAUCGUGCCUCGACACUUACGCUUUUGUUUAGUGCCCGUGGGCCUCUGAAUGUCAGUGAUAGUGCUGACUGUGAAAACAUUCGUUCUCCCGUUGCCUUUGCUGAGGACAGCCACACAUCGUUCAUCUCACUGACGACUAAGACAGGACCUUAAACUUAAGUGUGGUCUUAGCUCAUACUCUCAGCUCCAUGCCUAUCCUACCUGCCACCUUCAUUUGACUGUGAUGCGCAUAAUGUUAAAAGAGAAACUGUGUUAACAUCUGUCUUUUUAGGGCAAUGGAUCAAAACAUUUUCUCCAAGUCCAUCUUUGUUAUUUUCUUAAGUUUUAUAUCCUCUAUUUUUAUUUAUUUAUGCUUUUGCACAGCCUGGAUCUAUUUAUUUAAGAUGUUGCCAUCUAAAGCUAAAUUAAUGUUCAAAAACUGUCUUUAUCUGGUGUGCUUUCUUUGGGAAAAUCUUACGUCUUAGAAUUACAACUGUUUGUCUCUAUUUGGCCCCGACUAUGUAGAACUGCAUUGAUUUUUCAACUCUCAGUUCCUGCAUUGUCAGUUCAUAUUUAGUUAUUUGUGUUGAACAACAGACUGGCCACUGUGAUUGUCUAGCUAAUAGGAAGUGCAGGUUCUUCUUAAUUUAAAAGGUAGAUUCUGUGAGUUCCUGGAACUCAGACUCCACCUGCUUUUUCCAUAGAGUUGUAUAAUGUGUAUAAUACUAGAGUAUGCAUAAUCUGGUUUCUCUUUUAUUUAAUGUGGCGUCCGCUGAUCGUUGGGGAUUGAGAAGGUACAUCUCUAGUCUCUUUCAAAAUCCAAACUAUCAGUACAGUAUGUGGUAGAGGAGAAAAGAGUCUUAUAUUAGUCUAAAUCUGCAUUGUUUUGGUCUGUUGAUUGUCACCGUAACUGCAUGUACCCUCCAUAAUACAGUUCCCUCCACAACCUCAGUCCCAACCGAGAAAAAAAAAAAAAGGUUUAGUUUUUCUGUGGAGUACUCUGACCAUAUAUUCUUCUAUAUGAAAGUUCCAAAUCUCUUGCAUUUACUGUACACGACACUGCUAUUGCCACUUCUUCAACAACAUGCUGCCAUUAAAUUAGGCUUUUCCAACCUUCAAAAAGUAUUCUUUUGCGUUACUGAGCAUUUAACGAUGUAAAGGUGAGGAUGAGACUUGGUGACCAACAACACUUUUUUUAUUCCUCAACUUUUAACUCUUGUUCCUGUUAAAUAUUCAAUGUUCUGCUUGUAGAACUGUAAAAAGGAAUAAUGAAAAAAAGGAAUACUGUAUUCUGAGGGCAAACAUGUUUGGAAGGCAUUUGCGGCCUAUGUUUGUACACAAAAUGCUAAAUAAAAUCUCCUGUAUCUAA